UGCAUGAUAUCAAUUUUAGCCUUGUUUAUUUAUUCUUUAUUUAACCAGGAAGGUCCCUUUGAGAUUAAAAACCUCAUUUUCAAGGGAGUGCUGGGCAAGAGACUGAAAAAAUUACAGUUAUAUUUGUUUUAGCUACACAGACAUGUUAUUUACAAGAUUACAGAAGGCAGUUACAGUUAUGGCUAUCGUGGGUUUUGUGAACCAGGAUAUACACCUAGCUUAUAAAUGUUAUCUUGUCUGUUACCUAAACAUUUUUGGCCGGUCACACUAACUGAUAGGGUAACACACGACAUAAAUAAGUUAUAUAUGUUUUUAACCAUCACUCUCUCCAUUCAUGCAGUCACGUGUGGUCUGGUGGUGGUCGGAGGAACCGGUGGCGCCUGUGCUCGGCAGCCUCGCCUCUGUCAGUGCGCCCUAGGGCAGCUGUGGCUACAUUGUAGCUCAUCACCAUCAGUGUGUGAAUGUGUGUGUGAAUGGAUGAAUGAUACACUGUAGUGUAAAGCGCUUUGGAGUCCUUACUCUGAGAGGUGCUAUACAAGUGCGGGUCAUUUAUCAUUUAUCAUGAGUAGGGAAGGCAGUCAUCGUGACUAUUUAGACCAAUAAUGAUAUAGUAGGAAAUCAAUGUGUCCACUGACUGCCUGGUUUAUGUUUGAUUUCAACAUGUUUAUGGUCAAAAUUGCUGAAAUUUACCCGUUUCCUGAUCAAAUACUUAAGCCCAAGGGGAGGCGAUGAACUAGCUACCUUGCUCUCACUCCUGCGCACAUGGCAGGGCGCACGCGCCAAAGCCCCAUUUCUAUUGUGAGGCGCUGCGCCAUCAGACUGGAGGCAGAGAUGAACGCCUCUAGUCUCAUUCUAUCAAUAGAAGCUUCGGGGAUUGUGUAUUUGUAAGUCUGACUCCAGUCCACUCCAGCCAGUGCCUCCCCAGUCCUGAACCUCACCGCACGUCACUGCAUUCACAGCCAAGCUCUGUCAACCAUGCUCACUUGUUUGAUGGUGUGAGAAAAGUGGUAAAUCUUUUACUCUGCAUUUCCCACACCCUGUAACAUUUUCCUAAUUUUAACCUAUUAUAUGUAAGUGUAGGCUCAAUAUUUUAUAAAUGAGAAAAAAAUAUGUUUAUGGCUCCUCAAUGCUUCUGUUUGGUUAAAGGGUGAAAUGUUUUAUCACAGUUACUCAUCGUCUGUUUAUUAUACCAAUAAUCUUUUUCUCAUAGACAACUACACUGACCUGUGCCAACAGAGGGAGGCUUUCAUAAAGGGUGAGGACAUCUGGAAAAGAGAGGAAGACAGGGGAGGAAAGAGGAAGAUAAAGCCCAACAGCAGGUGGAUGGACAAUGAGGAAGAGAGUCAACAAUCAAAAAAGCAAAAAUUUUAAACGGCAUCCUGUCCUUCAAAAGAGGCUGCAGACCAAAUGAUUGAAGACUUGAAGAAGGAUCUGAUGGCAAGACAAAAAGAUUUAGAGUCCCCAACCGAAUAUGAGGAGUUAUCAGAUGACGAGCUGCCAUCCAGGAACUGGAGCAAGGCACAAAGGCAAAUAAAGCCGUUAAUAGCCGAGAAUAAAAGGCUGAAAGAAGACAACUUUAAACACCCAAUAGAAGCAAUGAAAGAGCUUCCAGCAGUCGGGCAGAACUUACGAGACAUAUCUGAGCUAUUGUCAUUGAUCUCAAGCAGUGCAUCUGCCAGAUCAACACUCGUGCAAACACCUGUACGAACACCAGCGAGAUCAGAACUGCAACUUUCUGCACCCGCGUCUCCUCAGGUGGACUCUGCUGACUUGGUGUCUCUUGUGUCAGGAGAGUCAAAGUCCCCAGACAGAAGCUCAACUCUCUGCGGACUUCAAGUCACUCAGUUUACAUCGGAGACCUGGCAGUGCUCGUCUACGGCAGGGAAACGCUGUCCUGUGACCCCACCACCACCACCACCACCACCACCACCACCACUACCACACUUCCCACUGGUCAGGUCGCGGAGACAGUCGCCUAAACAGGGAGGCCAAGACUUUCCUCUCACCAGCCACUUGGGCCAGCUCUUUCGGGGGAAUUCCCAAAGCGUUCCCUUCCCAGCCGAAGAGUCUCUCCUUCGGCUACAUCACACAUUGCACCCAACAUCUUUGGCUCCUUUCACAAGUGGUGAGUCCAAGAAAUGUAUUGAACAGAAAGACAAGCUGAAUUUACGCCCUUCUCUGUUAUUGCAGCCAAACGUGUGAACUUACCUAAACAAAUACGAUGAAAUGCUAAAAACUGGUUUCUUCAUUAGCUUCCCUCCCACCCCCUCGCAAUUUACUAUAGUGGACAGCAAAGCAUGCCCACGAUGAAAAACAAGAUUAUAAACUUCUUUCGACUGUUUUAACAGCCCAUCUAAAGUGCUGUAAAUUAGCUAUGGCUAAAAGCAUCUUGCUACAAACAUGUGAACGUGGUUUUACAAUGUCCAUGUUCCUGUAUCUGUCUCUAAGUACAUGCCAUCAAUGAAUAAUUGUGUUUGAAGGACUGAUUUUAAAAUUUUCGAACCCAGGGUUUAGAAUGCCGGGCGUGAUGCAGAUUUAAGGUAAGUACUUCCUAUGACUUGUAUACCUUAAUUUCAUUGGUAUUCCUUGUAAGUCUAAGCGUGGUUCAUUUUUAACUUCACCCUUAGUUCUCCGAACAACGUUUGUUUGAUAAGUUGACAUGUUUUCUUCCUCUAUGUCAGUCAAUUCCUUUCUCAACGUAUUUUUCGCCGCUGAGUUUUGCUUGAGAGCUGAAAGUCUCGCUUUAUCUAACCGUUUUAACUUUGAGUCUACAUACUCUAUUCUGUCAAUCGCAGAGCAAGACUCCUCCUUAACAUCUAAUGGUAAAUGCCGGUAUUUUGCCAACAAAUAGUCUUGGAACUGAUUCUCUCUCUUUUUCUGUUCCUCUAGGUUUGACGAGCCUUCUUGAUUUGAACACUUCAGGGCUUCCAGUUUGUUAAUUUUUUGUUUAUUUUGUGAGAUAGCACCUAAAAUCCAGUCCUUCUUACGACUAGGCAUUUGGUUUAAUUUCAUAGGAGUUGCUCUUAACUCUAAGGUUGGUACUAAUUUAAUUUUUGAGAGACAGUCAUCUAAAAUCUUCUCCUCCAGGGCUUCGUUUUCAUGUUGUAAUUUGUAAUUUUGCAGGACUUUAUUUUCCUCUUCGAGUUCCCAAAGUAAAUGCCCCUGUUUACUUAAAUUACGCUUAUGGGCUAAAAUUGUAUCUUUGGCAUCUCUAUUUACUAAAAUUAAAUCAAGAUCAUAUUUUUCUAACUCCUCUUCAUAAGUGUCCAGUUGCUCUAAUUUCUCUGCAGCAGAACGCUCAGUCUCUCUUACAAAGCGCUCUUUCAAAUCUUUGAGUUUUUGUUCCACAUUAAAUAAGUUUAUUAACAAUCUCUCCCUUUCUUUCAGUGGUUCUAUAUGAGGAUGAUGUAGGUUUUCCAUGCUACCUGUUUGCUCUGAGGCGUGAACUGUGACUGAUCCGACGCUGGUCAAGGUAUAUGACGAAAAAUAAGUGCAGGCAGACAAGGCAAGUCAAUGACUACGGGGGAGAAUGUGGAGCAGAGAGGUCUACAUGAUGAAGAAGAGGGACAGAAACAGAGAGAUCCACAUGAUGAAGGAGAGAGAGAACAUAGAGGUCUACACAAAGAAGAGGGAGAAGAACAAAGAGGUCAACAUGAUAAAGAGGAAGAGGAACAGAGAAGUGCAGAGGAGAGGGCUGGUGAAAGACCUUAUUUAAAAGAUCCAUCUGAAUGGCCUUCACCACAUGAAAUUGGGGACACAUUGAGGCAGUACAUGGUUCAGAAUGGCCCACCGAAAUGUCCUGGUGGGCCAUAUCCAAGAUCAGAGAAGAGUAAACGGUGUUUUUCCAAAGCACACUGUUUUCGUUUACUGUCCAAUGGAGAGAAAGUGGAACGGGAUUGGUUACUGUACUCCAAAAGUACUAAAAGUCUAUUGUUUUGCUUGUAAGCUUUUUGGUGAAGCUAGAGUUGCUGACACACACCUUGUGACGGGUUAUAACAACUGGCAGUGUCUUUCAAAAACCCUGAUGCACCAUGAAACUAGUGGUUAUCACAUAAAUGCUUAUCUGUGUCACGAUCUGCUCCUGCCUCCCUCUGACUGUGACUCUCCCCUGCCUCCUGUUUAGUUUUUUGGUCUCACCUGCCCCUUGUUAACCUGCCCAUGUGUUCCUGAUUGUUUCCCUGUGUAUUUAUACCUCCCGUCUUGUAUGUGUCAGUGUCGGAUCAUUGUUGUUUGUCGUGUUGUUCUUGUUGUAUCCUGCCGUAUCCUGCUAUUAAAUCCAUUUUUAUGUUA